AUGGAUUACAAUAACGAAAAUUAUAAUUUAAAUAAUGUGUUUUCUAACACGAAGUUGUCUGAAUUAAAUAGUUUAAGAAAUACAAAACUAAUGGCUAAUGAAAAAUUAAUUAGACAUGAUUGGUCACAAACAAAUGACAAUAUAUUUUUUACAAUAUACCGAAAAAACGUUCAAAAAAAAGAUUUUCUUUAUUAUAUAAAAAAUGACUACAUCUUUUUAAUUAUAAUAAUAAGUGAAGAAGAAAUAUAUAUUAUUGAAAAUUUUUUGUUUUCAAAAAUUUCACCCAUUAAAACGAAGAUUAAUAUAACACCAAUGAAAGUUGAAAUAAUAUUUGAAAAAGAAAUAAAAGAAUUAAAAUGGAAUGAAUUCAUGAAAAUUGAAAAUUCUGAUAAUUUAAAAAAAAAAGAAAAUAUCUUGAAUCCAUUUAACGGAAAAAGCACAGAAGAAUGGAAUAAACUAACUAAAACAAUAAAAGAAGAUGAUGAUGAAGGAAGCAUUGAUAAUUUUUUUAAAAAAAUUUAUAAUGAAGGAGAUGACGAUACUAAAAGAGCUAUGAUCAAAUCUUUUCAAACAUCAUGUGGAACUGUUCUAUCAACAAAUUGGAAAGAUGUUCAAAAUAAAAAUUACGAAAAAGUAAAAAAUUAUAAAUGA